AUGUCGAGAAGAACAGCACCGGCCAGUUUCACGCAUUCGUUUUCCAUCGAUGCAAGCAUGGUUCCAACUGCUCAGCAAACCCUAAAUAUGCAUUACGCAAUGCAGUUAUUACCCAGCUCAUCAUCGGUAACACAGUCAGCGCUUUCAUCUACAGCUGUCACUGACUCGCCAUCAGCGAUUGCUUCAACAGUGAAUUCCAGGAGCUCACUACCCGGAGGUGUGCACCUGGCAGUGAGCAGCAUCGGCUUCCAACAAGGACUGCAGUACCAGCUGGCUACGCUUCAGGCGCAAGCCAAAGUGCAGCAGCAGCACAUCGGGCACACGCAGUUACUACAGCAAAUACAAGCGGUUCAAGAGCAGUCACAGGUACUCGCACGUGUACAGGCAGAAGCUCAGGCCCGGGCAGCACAUGCGGAAGCGCGCGCACGAGCGCACGUCAGUCAGGCAGCAGCAAUAGCAGCAGCCCAGGCGCAUGCACAGCAGCAGGCUGCAACUGCAUUCGCUGCACAUGCGCAACACACUGCAAACCUGCCCGAAUACUUUGCUCGAUUCACUGCUCAACAACAGCAGCAACACUGCUUGGAUGCAGCGACGUCGACAACUGCUGCUGCAGGCCCCCAGCUGCUAAACGCUACCACUGAGCAGCGACAGCAGCAGCACCUAUUGCUGCAGCAGCAACUUCACCAGAACAGCGCACUCAGGCAGCAGCAGCAGCAACACAUCCAGGUUGCUGCUCCCACAAACUCGCAACAGCAGCAAUGCACGCUACCAUCAGCCACCGUCAUGCCAGCAGUAUUUCGUUUAGCGACUACAGUCACUCCCUGGUUUACUGCAGCUCCGGUGCUGGCAGCAGCAGAAUCACCGCCAUCGCCGGCCCAUUUACAGCUUUCAGAAUCAAGAUGCACUGAAAUGGGCCCGCACGAGGACACCACCUACCACAGCUUUAUGGCUGGCGUUAUGAAGCUCGAGAAGCACAUCAGUGGCUGCUUGUUCCCUUCAUCGAAACUCGCUCCCGAUCAGCAGCAGAGUGCCGCAGCAACGGUCCGCGAAAACGCAGUGCAGUAG